AUGCUCAUACUGUCUGUGAAGAUCUCAUCUAACUAUGUAGCAAGAGCUGAAUCUCAAGCUGAAUCUUAUGUGUCCACUCGGCGCGCCGUCACUCAGAGCGCUCCAGAGCAAGGCAGCUUCCACCCUCACCAUCUCACCCACCACCACUGCCACCACCGCCACCACCACCACCUCCGCCACCAUGCCCACCCCCACCACCUCCACCACCAGGAGGCGGGGCUGCACACUGCCCCGGUGACGCCCUGCCUGUGCCUGUGCCCCUUGUUCUCCUGCCAGUGGGAAGGCUGCCUGGAGGUGGUGGUGCCCCACCUGCGGCAGAUCCACAGCGUUGACAUCCUCCAGGGAGCUGAGAUCGUCUUCCUGGCCACGGACAUGCACCUGCCCGCGCCGGCCGACUGGAUCAUCAUGCACUCCUGCCUUGGCCACCAUUUUCUGUUGGUGCUGAGGAAACAGGAGAGGCACGAAGGGCACCCCCAGUUCUUUGCCACCAUGAUGCUGAUUGGGACCCCCACCCAGGCCGACUGCUUCACCUAUCGCCUGGAGCUCAACAGAAACCAUCGGCGUCUGAAGUGGGAGGCCACGCCCCGGUCUGUCCUUGAGUGCGUGGACUCGGUGAUUACCGACGGGGACUGCCUCGUCCUCAACACCUCGCUGGCACAGCUCUUCUCUGACAACGGCAGCCUUGCCAUCGGGAUCGCCAUCACCGCGACGGAGGUCCGCCCCUCAGAAGCUGAAAUGUGAGGCCGGGAGCCCUGGGUGCUCCCACACAGCCUCCCUAGGAAACGCCUCGGACCUCCCAGUGCCGCGCCAGGACUCCAGACUCCUUUUUAUUCUCCUUCCUUCCUUUCUUUUAAUUAAUUAUUUUUUUUUGGUCUCAGGUACUUUGUGAGAUUUAGUCUUUGUCUGCCAUGGGCAUUGUAUUACGUAAACAUCCUGUAAUUCAAGAUCUUGGUGUGGCGUUUGUCCUGUAUUGUUGGUGUUGUUUUAUAGAACGUUUCUAAGAUUUAGUCAGAAUAGUUUUUUCCUGUCACCUCCAAUUCCUUUCUCUGCUGCUUUGGAAAGGAUCAAAACACCAUGAAGCAGACUGUUGGGGUUGAGAGGCUUAGCGUGAGAAUCAUUUCUUGUUUCUCUUUUCAGUCUAUUUCAGAGCAAGCUAAACCUGAACGUGUGUAGUUAGCAGCUUGGGGAAGGGGCCCCACUCAGAGAUGGAUCACAUUUCAGACCAGCCAGACUCUGACACCUUCCCAGGAACUCAAGGUCAAAGCUGGGCUACCCAGGCAUGAGGAGAUGGUGUCUCCUCCGCACGGCUGGAGGCUGGACUAGCGGCGUCAUCCUGUGCUGAGCGCUCAGGUUGACGCUGGGGCUCAGGAGAGUGGUCAGAGGCCCACCUUCCUGUGAUGGGCUCUUGUCGCCUUGUUCCCAGGCUGUGCCAUCUUUUCCUGCUCUGGAAUCAAAGUCCUCAGAUUUUUGGUGAUUUCUUAAAAACCCCUUUGCCUUCUGUUGAGCAAAUAGCAGACAAGAAUAGGCACGAUGGGGGAUGGGGAGGAAAAGCAACAGGGAAAAGAGAACAUAAAAUUAAUCUCCCAUCUCUGGGAGGGCACUCCCUCCUCGGAGAGUUUUAUUAUCAAGUUAUAAAACCCAUCAGUCCCUCCCUAGGGUGCAGUUCUUUCAUAUCAUGCAAAAAGCAGAACCAGGAUUCAGCAUCAAAGGCAAAGAACUCAGAGGGCGGCACCCAGGACCUCUGACCUGGGGGGCUGGCCAUCGCUUACAAACCUGGGAGGCUCUCUUUCCUUCCCUUACUUUCUAAAAUGCUCUGACGGUCCCAUUCAGCACACAGCCGUGUCCACGGCUCCAGUAUGUAUUCGGCACCCUGUUGUAGUGCGAACGAAACAGCGACAGAAAUCUAUACGGCCUCCACGCAGGCUGCUCUCACUUACCUGGUUGUUAGAACAAUUCACCAACAUUUUCCUGUAGACCUGUCUCAUGUCUCUGAAGAAAGUCAGCAUGUUUAGUCAACUUUGUCUUUUCUGUUCUAAGGUGGACACCUUUAAGCCUUCCCAGGAGGACCUCUUCUAGCUCCUUUUCGUCACAUUCGUCCCUCCCUCUGGCUGCUCUCCAGACACUGCAGAUGCCAGGCACCCCAUCCCCAGUGCAUCCUCAUGAGAGCCCACUCUCUGCACCCGUUCCUGCACUUCACCCCCUCAGCUGCGUCCUGGCGGGCCUCCAAAUGACUACUUAGUAUCAGGCAAAUUGCCCUGGCUGGCCAUCCGAAAUCUUUUCUCCACCAAAAAUAAUUGAUCCCGAAACACAGCACCCUCCCCCCAACAACUGGGUCAAUUCUCCAGCCACUUUUGUGGCCAACCUGCAGCCCACACACCAGAAGGGAGGUGCCAGUUGAUGGAAGGUUAAAUAACAGAGGCCACUCUGGUCACACAGUAAUCGCUGGGCCACUGGGGCAGAGACUGCAUUCCAUCAGAGCCCUGAGAGGGGCAGAAAUGUCACCACAGAUGGAGGCACCUGUCAGAUGCUACAGUCUCAAGGAAAGGGUUGGGGCCUGCUUGUUCUUUGGGCUCUCAGACGCCCUGGCAGGGCACCAGCCACCUGCCCCCACCCCCACUCCAAUCACACAGAUGCCCAGGAACACCUGAGGCUGGUGGGUCUGCGCUUGGAGAGACUGGCGGUCUUAGCUCCUCACUGUAUCCCCAACCCCCUUCCCAGAACUUAAGACACCCUUGGCUCCAAGUCUGAUGCCUUUAGAAGCCACAGGUCCUCUCCUGGUUUUCGGGACUCAACCACUUCGAAAGCAUUUGUGUAGCAUCACAGGUGCUCCAGAUCAACAAACAAAACCUCACAAAGAGUAUAACUAACAUUCACAGGACCUUAGGGCUCCUGCAGACAUCACCUUUGCCUUCUGGUUGUGCCAAGUUACCUGAGCCACACUGGGACUGACUUCAGGUUAUUUUCACUGCACACAAGACUGUAUUAUGAAUAAGUGAUCCCAGAUGGGAGUUUUUAUGUUGGUUCCUAGGAACCUUUAGGACAAAGCAUUGGAAAUGUAUUAUUAUCUUCCAUCUAUGGUGCUCCCCCAAAAGGCCUUUCCAUAUCCAUAUGUGAAGAACUGGAGAAAAAGGAGCAAACUAACAACCAAGAAUUGGGAAUAGAAAAUGGUAACAACUGUGUGUAUUUGAACUUCAUAGUUCCUGAAGGGCUCUUUCAUUUGAGUCUCAGGUUAAUCCUCAUUAGUAUCCUCAAUAAACUAAAAGAAUAGAGGUUCUAAGACACUAAUCUUUUCAAGGUCACACAUCAAGUGGUUGGACCACAACCAAAACCCAGAUCACCCACCUGCACACUCGGUGUGCUUGAAGUAAGACUCACCCGAAAUACUCAGCAGCCUUGCCAGCUCACCAGUGGACUGAAGACCUGAGAAUCAACUGAGUCUCGGUCCUGGGUUAGUCAAGGGAGCAGGGAGAGAAAGACUAGAGUGGAUUUGCCUUUAGAAGCAUCUCUGCUUUAAGAACUAGGCUGGGCACAGUGGCUCAUGUCUAUAAUCCCAACAUUUUGGGAGGCUGAGGUAGGAGGAUUGCUUGAGCUCAGGAGUUUGAGACCAAACUGGGCAAUAUAGCGAGACUUCAUUUCUACAAAAAAUAAAAAAUCAGCUGGGUAUGGUGACAGAAGCCUGUAGUCUUAACUGCUCCAGAGGCCAAGGCAGGAGGAUGGCUCAAGCCCAAGAGGUCAAGGUCACAGUAAGCUGUGAUUCCACCACUUGUAACUCCAGCCUAGGCAACACAGUGAAACCUUAUCUAUCUCUUUAGA